UGGAGUCCUUACGCUUUGCUCACUGACACCUCCCAAAUUCCCAACGUAGCCCCUUUGUGUGACGCUUUCUGUUGGGUCAACUCGUCGCCUUUGUCAUGCUGAUGAGCGACAGGCUGCUACAGUGUGAACUUUUCCGGCAGCCCAGAGAAGGGAGGAAGUUUCCAAUCGGAGCCGCGCCGGGCAAUGAGACCACCCAAAGCCGGCGUUCAGGAGAUCACAGGCGGAUUAUUAAUAACCAGCGCGCGGCGCAGCCCUGCAGACACUGAGCGGCAUCCCGCGGUCUUCUCUUCUGCCAAGUUGCUUUCAGCUAUGUAAUGUUUUUCGGUCUCAUGACAUGGAAAUCGACCAGUGCUUAUUGGAGUCCCUGCCCCUCGGCCAAAGGCAGCGGCUGUUGAAGCGAAUGCGCUUGGAGCAGGUGAAAGCCUACCAUGAGCGCGAGAAGACCCUGAACAAGCACUCAGGACUCAAAGGCAAAGGGAAGCACAACAGGAAACAUCGAGUUCACUUCGGGCCGUCGGAGAUGAUUCAGGACGCGAUCAUAAACCAUAACGACAAAGAAGUUCUGCGGCUGCUGAAGGACGGCGCGGACCCCAGCACGUUAACUUCAACUGGAGGCACACUGCUCCACUUGUGUGCCCGCCAUGACAAUGCGUUUGCUGCUGAGAUUCUCAUUGAGAGGGGCUUGAAUAUGAACCAGCAGGAUGAGGAUUUGUGGACCGCCCUGCAUGUGGCCUGUGCCUGUGACAAUGCCGAUAUUGUGCUGCUGCUUCUGCUGGCCGGAGCAAAUGUGCUGCUGCAGGACAUCAAUGGCAAUAUUCCACUGGACUACGCCGUGGAAGGCACCGAGUCCUGUUAUAUUCUUCUAAGACAUCUUGAAGACAACGGUGUGGAUGUCAACUCUCUGCAGCACAUGAAGGUCCAGCGGCCGUCCACCAUGUUAUCAGAUGUCAGACUCCUACUAGCAGCUGGUGGGAGCGUCAACCAGAGGAAUGAAGAAGGUGUCACUCUGCUGCAUAUGGCCUGCGCCAGCAACUAUAAAGAAGUGGCGUCGCUGCUUUUGGACAAUGGAGCGGAUCCACAGAUUGCUGAUAACAACCACUGGACGCCCCUCCAUCUGGCAGCAAAAUAUGGCCAGGCCCACCUUGUCAUGCAGCUCUUGAGUCAUUUCGCCAACCCCAAUCUCCUUAACUGUAAUGCUGAGAAGCCCUCAGAUAUUGCAGCUUCACGUUUUAUUCGAGAGAUGCUCUUAAAAGCCGAAGCCACAUGGGAACAAAGAGUAGAAAACUCUUCCAUCCCCCUUCUGCCACCAGAGGAGACCUAUGAAGAAAUUGUUGAGGAUGUCCUAAUGCCAGCAAAAAGACUUAAUCCGUUCACUCUGCCCAUCUCCAAACAAGACAGCCUACUUGAGAAAGAUGCGAUGUUCAGAGACACAUCUGCGGCUACAUCUCGACAGCCUUCUCAAGACAAUGGAUGUGACAGCCCUUUGGUGAAUGGCAGGCACAACACAGAACAGGUAAAACUGAUGCCUCCAGCACCCAAUGAUGACUUGGCCACUUUGAAUGAACUGACUGACAGCAGUUUACUCUACGAAAUGCAAAAGCGCUUUGGAAAUAACCAGAUCUAUACGUACAUCGGAAGUAUACUCUUGAUGGCUAAUCCGUAUAAGGAACUGCCCAUUUAUUCAGCACUGGUCAGUCAUCUUUACCGCAGCACCUCAUCGAGGCUUUGUUCCUCGCUCCCGCCUCACAUCUUCUCCUCUGCCGAGAGGGCUUACCAUCUGAUGUUCCAGGAGCGACGCCCCCAAUGCUUUAUCCUCAGUGGGGAAAGCGGCUCUGGGAAAACGGAAACCUGUAAGCACAUCGUGAAGCACCUGGCGUGUCGAUCUGGUACAAAAGGCUGUGCGUUGGAUGCCAAAAUAAAACACGUCAGCUGUGUUCUAGAAGCCUUUGGACACGCCAGAACAAAGCUCAACGAUUCAUCAAGCCGCUUCAUAAAGUACCUCACGCUCCAGUACAGUGAGAGAACGCGGCUUCUGGUUGGAGCUCGACUUCACACAUAUUUGUUGGAAAAGUCACGCCUUGUUUCACCUCCACCCAAUCAGAGCAAUUUUAAUAUUUUCUACCUGAUGGCUGACGGGAUGUCCUGUGAGGAGAAGUGUGGUCUGUACCUCAACAACUUACUUGCCCACAGGUACCUGAGUCAGAGUGCAUUUGGAGAAACAUCUGAUGGUGCAACCUCUCCAAAUCGGGAAAAAUUCACCGCACUGAAGCAAGCUUUCAAGGUGCUGGGCUUCAACAGUCUGGAAAUAGAGAAUUUGUUUCUAAUCCUGUCUGCGAUUUUGCACCUUGGCGACAUUAGAUUUACUGCCCUCACAGAUGCCGAGGUGGCAUUUGUUGCAGAUCUGCAGUUGCUGGAACAAGUUGCUGGCAUGCUGCAAGUCUCAUCAGAGGACCUCGGAUCUGCACUAACGUCUGAUGUGCAAUACUUCAAAGGAGACGUAAUUGUGAGAAGACACACCGUUGAAAUGGGAAAUCAUUACCGGGAUCUCCUCGCUAAGGCCCUCUACAGCCGUCUCUUCAGCUUUUUAGUGAACAACAUCAAUUAUUACCUCCAGAGUCAGGAUGACAGCAGCGGAGAUCCAACACUUGAGAUUGGGAUACUGGACAUUUUUGGAUUUGAAGACUUUCAGUGUAACACCUUUGAGCAGCUGUGCAUCAACAUGACUAAUGAGAAGAUUCACCAGUACACCGUGGACGUCCUGUUUGAACAAGAGCAGGCAGAAUGUGUGCAGGAGGGAGUCGCCAUGGAAACGUUUCAUUCUCCUGGCAACCAGAGUGCCGUCUUGGAUUUUUUCUUUCAGAAACCUCACGGCCUUUUGUCGGCACUUGAUGAAGAAAGCCAGGCGCUGCGGCCCGCCGAGCCAAACCUUUCUAAAAAGCUUCAGUCUCAGCUGGAAUCGUCCAACCUGAACAUUGUGUACAUUCCCACCAAGGAUGGAAAUGGCAACCCUGCACCAAAGGAUCAAGGCCCCUCGUUCACCGUGCUGCAUUAUGCCGGAAAGGUCACCUACAAUCUCAGUGGAGCUCUAGAGAAGAAUAAGGACACCAUCCCUCAGAACCUGCUUUUUGUUAUGAAAACCAGUGAAAACGUAAUCGUCCACCAGCUGUUCCAGUCUAAACUGACCCAAACUGGUUCCCUCAUUCCUCCCUACAAUCGCCUUAAACUCCAAGGAGCCAAAGCUGCGCUGUUAGUCCAGAGAAUGACAUCAGCCUCAAUAGCCAAAGAACCAAAGAAAUACACGGACCUCACUAAGCUACUGAAAAAGAAAGGUGCAUCCUCCUUCCUUCAGCGACUGGAGCGUUGUGGUCCAGUGACUGUUGCUGUGCAGCUCAGGAACUCCAUCACUGACAUCACCAGUAAGCUCCACAACUGCACUCCACACUUUGUUCAGUGCAUCAAACCCAACCACUGCAAGAAGUCGGACUUUUUUGACCGAUUCUGUGUGUCCCCUCAACUGCAGUACAUUGGUGUUCUGGAGAUGGUGAAGAUGAUCCACUAUGGUUAUCCCGUGAGGCUGACGUUUUCGGGAUUCUUGACACGAUUCAAAGAUCUGGCCGACACAGUGCUCGUGAACAAGAAAAAGCUGCCAGCUGAGGAAAAGUGCCGCUCUCUCCUACACCAUUGCAAGCUUCAAGGUUGGCAGAUGGGCCACAGCAAAGUGUUCCUGAAGUACUGGCAAGCUGACCAUCUCAACGACCUGUGCCUUCAGAUGCAGAAGAGAAUUCUAACCUGCCAGAGAGUGGUGAGGGGAUUUCUUGCCCGCCAACGGCUGGUCCAUGAAAGGAGCCUCAGGCGCCAAGCAGCCACUGCUGUGCUGGGGUUUCUAGAAGGUGUAGAAGACAUGGGGCUGAAGACUUUUGAUGACUUGGUUAUCCAGAAUGCCUCGGAUAUCACAAGAGAGAACGAUCGCAUUCGGCGGGUCCUGAGUGAGAGCAGUGAGGGUCUCGGCAAAGAAGAAGGAUUAAAACGGGCUCCCAGUAAAGGCUCAAAGAUGAUGAGUGAAGCCUGUACCGGGGGCUGCCGGAUUCCCAAGCACUUCCACUCCAGCUCCAUGCCCAUCCCUCUGGCUGUGGACAGUUUGGUACACACCGCGGUGGCGGCGGUGGCAACAGCGGGCUCGUCAAUCAAGUCUCCGUCCCUGCAGUCGGUGUUCAGCAUGGAUGACAGCAGCGGGUUGCCGUCGCCUAGGAAACAGCCUCCGCCAAAACCAAAGAGGGACCCCAACACGAGGCUGAGUGCUUCAUACGAGGCGGUCAGUGCCUGCCUGUCGGCUCCAUGUAAAGAAAUCCCCAAUGAAGCUCUCUCAAAGCCAAGGCCGCACAGUGAUGAUUACAGCACAAUGAAGAAAAUCCCCCCUCCAAAACCAAAGCGGAGCCCCAAUACAAAACUCAGUGGGUCCUACGAAGAGAUCUCGUCUCCUCGGCCCGUAGAGGUGCGACUCUCCUGUUUUAACAAAGCGGGCCACGGACCCGGGGUGAUGCAGAGGGCGGCUUCCGCAGACGGACCCCAUCGUGGCGUGCUGAGCUUGUGCAGCUCUCAAGAAGAAGAAGAAGCUGUUUACAUCGAAAUGGGGGCCAGUGCCAGGACUAAGAGUUUGUCGGAAGUCGACAGUCCAGAUCAGGGAGAGUCCGUCUAUGAAGAAAUGAAAUACUUCGUGCCAGAAGAGGACAUCGCUGGCAAAAUGAACUCGGUGACAUCUGAGGGCUCAUCGGCGCUGCUCUUCGAAGCCAAGAAGCUUUCGGCACCCGAGCAGAUGACCAGCACCACCUCCGGCAACAAACCCCACUGCAAGGAUGGCGCGUGUGACAUCCCUCCACCGUUUCCCAACCUGCUCCCCCACCGCCCACCUCUCUUGGUGUUUCCCCCAACUCCUGUAACCUGCUCACCCGCCUCCGACGAGUCCCCACUGACUCCAUUAGAAGUCAAGAAGCUGCCUGUUCUGGAGACCAGUCUUGGGUUUCCAGGCCAGUCUGACGGGUCCAGCCCUUUGUCCCCUCAGUACGCGAGGCAUCAGAAAGCAGAGAGUGAGAGACCAUCCUCACCGGGUCUGUCCGUCUUCAACUUGUCCUGUAAGGCCUCGCCUCCGCCCACGCCGCCCCCUGCUCCUCAACUUCCUCCUCCGCCUCCUCCUCCACCGGGACCUCCACCCCCCUAUAAAGCCCCUUCUCACUUUCCCUUUCCGCCAGAGUCCAGUGCUUUAUCCCUAGCGAGGCCUGCAAAAUCCAAUAACACAGAGUCAUCUUCCAAAGGGCUACAGAAGUCCAGUCACAGCAUGGGAGAAGCCCCUCAGGUCGGCUCACGGACCCCAUGCUCCCCGGUGAAGACGGCCAGAAUGGAGCACAGGAAAUCGCACUCGUGCUCAUCUUCUCCGCUGCUGUUUAAUCCGGCCAAUGCCCGGCCCCUGACCAGCCCGCUAGACGAACUGACCACGUUGUUCAGCUCAGGAAGAAGUCUCCUGAGAAAGUCUGCUGCUGGGCGGAAAAUACGAGAGCCAGAAGCUGCCAACGUUUGUAACAUGAACUUGGCUAUCCAGGAUGAGCCCAGUGAGACCGGACCAGUGCUGCAGCUUCAAGAUAAAAACGCCAACAGUCAAGUGGCCUCGUCAUUCUCACCACCCCCGGUGUCUGCAGCCGUCGAGAAUGGAAAUCGCCUCUCUAAUGGUUUACCUGAAGAAGAAGGAAAUCCAAAGUCUUCAAACACCACAGCGGCUGCUUUAGCAGGUCAGAGGCACGUGGAUGGCCACAACAGUCAGGUCAUUCAUCAGCUGCGCCUUUCCAAGAACGAAAGUACGGCUCUGCAUGAGUUGCUGGAGUGGCGGCGGAAGUUGUGCGAGGAGAGCGAAGAUUGGCAGAAGAUCCUCCGUAAAUCUGAAUCCAAGCCGGCUGCCCCUGCCCCUCCACCGCCACCGCCUUGCAAGAAGCCUGCCCUGUUGAAGAAGGUCUGAGGCCGGGACAUCGGGCCAACUCGGAGACACAAUCAGACUCUGGUGCCUGUCUCGCCGUGACAGGGAUGACACUUUGGGACGUGUAAAUAGGUUGGACGGCCCACUUGUGGAGCCUGCAGGUACUUACUGUAUGCACAAGAAUUUCUUACCGGACGGAAGCCUCGAAAUGGGCAGCGAACAGGUGCGCCAUCUAGUGGCCGAGCAGUAAAGUGCUGUUGCGUAGCCAAGGGCUCCGAGUGGGCACCCAGAAUGAACUGCUUUGAUGGUUUCAGUUCCAGCAGCACCUGCCACGGACCCUCAAAAGAAUCUUCAGAGCCUUUCCGGUGGACCUCUCGACACUCCUAGCAUGGAGGACUUCUACACUGCCACUUUUUUCGGAACGGUGCAACACAGACUCAACUGCCUUUACAUCGGUGGAGCAUCACCUUGACUUCAUGUACUGCUUCACCCUGUCACACCCCUUGGAUUAUUAUAAAUGACUUUUACAAGGUGGCGUCAUGGGGGUCAUUUCACAGACUUCCUUAAACUCCCCGUUGAUGCUGUCGGCGUCCUGCUGCAUGCACGUCACAGCCAAGACAUAUCGUAGCCUUAAACUGCGAUGUAAUUAAUGAGCACAUUAAGCCGUCGUCAUUCCAACACAUGGAGAUGCCAGCUCACCUUUCUUCACCUCAGCAGCUCCUCCUUGGUGCCCUGAAUCUCCAACUACAGUCCUCUUUUAGACCUUCAGUUGAAGAGCCACAAAAGUAAAUGAUCUCACGCAGCUUGAGGACGGGCUGGAAUCACCUUGACGGAAAUAUUAAAGGCGCUAUUCCACCCAGAAAUGAUCAUUUUAUUAUGUGUUACCCCGUGUGCUUUGUAGUGAUGGACGAGAAGAAACUUGGAAACGUUACUUGGAAACUUGCCGACCUCCAGUCCUGAAAUAAUGGUGGCCCACACAGGGCAAGCUGAACCUUUCCAUUUUGGCCACACGUUAUUUUUAUUUUCAAUUUGAAAAAUUACCGACCCGCAGUGAGAACGUCGGCGAUCUAAAUUUUCGUAAAAGUUGCACACCUCAACCAAACGAUGCCAAGGAAAUGUCCGUAAAUGAUAUGACGAUUCUCCUUUGAUGUUUCCCCGUCAUUCAGAAUCAGAAUUCCCCAAGUUUCAAAACCUCAGAAUAGACACAUAAAGUAAUUGAGCAGAAUUCCUUCAGGAUGAAGCAUAACAACUUUAUAUUCUAG